UUGAUAUAUUCAAUUAAAUAUCUCCACUCAUCUGUCCUUUCUCCUGCCCAACAUUUAAUUUUUUCUCACCUCAUCAGUUGUGCCCAGUCUCUACGCAUUACUAACGGACAGUACCGAUACUUUACGCAUUGGCAACCGGAAGAACAACACUGCUACCGAGUAGCGCCUCAUAAAUCAUUCCACCGAGUAUGUUCAUCAAGUGUCUUUCACUCUUCUGUACUGCACAAGGUGGCCUCAUUCACGAACCUCUCGGCCGUUUCCGAUAUGAGCAGGCUUCGAGACUAUCAGUAA